AGUUCGUGUGGUUAAUCAGUUAACAAAAUAAACCCAUAAGUGAUGGCUACGCUAAUGAUGAAUUUUGUUAUUCUGGGGCUGCUGCUGUGCCUGGAAGCAGUCCCCAAUGGGCCGAACUUUUACGACCGGCUCCAUAUUUGCACGCUACCCAGUGAGUUUGGCCACUGCCGCGAAAGACAGAUACGGUGGUAUUACGACAUAACGUCCAAGUCUUGCCAGCCCUUCUACUACAGUGGAUGCGGUGGAAAUUAUAAUCGAUUCUUACGCAAAAGCGGAUGCUCGGACUACUGCAUGGAUCCGGACUACCCUGGGUUUUAAUAAACUUUAUUUUGCUAACCGUAGAAAAUAAUGGAUAACAUAUUUGGAGCAUUGUAUUAGCUUAAGCUAUAACAGAUGUAGCCAUGUGGUAUGGAGUACAUAUAUAAUCUAGACUUAUACAUUUGCAUUUUGCUAUCUUAUUUAAAUCGAAAACUAAAACAGAUUUUCCCUUAUGUAAACAAAGGUCUGGUUUUCGUAUAUAAGAGCCUGACGACUUAUUGUCGAGCAAUCAGUUGACAAAAUAAA